CAGCUUUCGAGCGCUUGACCACAUCAAGUACUUGGGAGUUGUCUUAGAUUCUAAGCUAUUGUGGAAUAAAUACAUUCACUACAUAAAGGAUCGUUGUGAAAAGGACUGAACAUGCUUCGGUUCAUCACGAAAUCGAAAUGGGGAGCGGAUCCUUGUGUUUCUCUUCAGUUCUACAGGUCCUACAUUAGGUCUAUUCUGGACUAUGGAUGUGUACUCUAUGAUUCUGCAACAAAUACACAUUUAAAGAUUUUAGAUAGGAUCCAAUUCAAGGCAUUGCGAAUAAGAGUCGGGGCAGUGAGGUCAUCUCCAUGUCCUGCCAUACUAGCAGAAUAUAAUGAAUCUCCUUUGGAUGUCAGACGUAAAUACUUGGCGCAUAAGUUAUUAAUUAAAUACAGAUCAUCUAAUACACUCCUUACCGGAAAAAUAUCAGUGGCCAGUGUUAAUGACCGUUGUCAUCCAUACUGGCGACACAAAAGAUCUCCAUUAUUUGUAACAGCCUUCACUGAUACCAGCAAAUUCCAAUAAUAUUUCGUUUAUUCAAGAAGGCUUCCAAUUUUUAAACAUCCUCUUGAAGUCAUUACAUCUAAAUUCGAAGUAACCUUUCCAAACUAUACUGAACACACCUCUCUUCAUAUUAUCUAGUGUACUAAGAAGCAAUGAAUCUGCUAUUCAUAUAUAUAGACGGAUCUAAAAGUUCAAAUGGCACUGGCUAUGCAUACUUUAUCUAUAGUGCAUUUCAUAGUAUCAUUCGCCGGUUUUGUAUCCCGGAAAUCUGUCCAAUCUUUACAGCGGAAUCUUUAGCUAUAAAAUCUACACUGGACUGGAUGAAGAUUAAUAUAAAAGAGCUUACAAGUGUAGCCAUAAUUUCAGAUUCUCAGUCGGUGCUUAAGAGCU